AUGGCAAGGAUCAAAGGCAAUGCCAACAGAUGGUGGCUCUCUGGACCCUGGAGGGGGGUCCUGAGAGACCUGCUGCUGAACGAAAGUGACAAGCGCCCCUUCAUCGAGGAGGCUGAGCGGCUCCGUAUGCAGCACAAGAAGGACCACCCGGACUACAAGUACCAACCCAGGCGGCGGAAGAACGGGAAGGCCGCCCAAGGCGAGGCAGAGUGUCCCGGUGGGGAGGCGGAGCAAGGUGGGACCGCCGCCAUCCAGGCCCACUACAAGAGUGCCCACUUGGACCACCGGCACCCAGGAGAGGGCUCCCCCAUGUCAGAUGGGAACCCCGAGCACCCCUCAGGCCAGAGCCAUGGCCCACCCACCCCUCCAACCACCCCAAAGACAGAGCUGCAGUCGGGCAAGGCAGACCCGAAGCGGGACGGGCGCUCCAUGGGGGAGGGCGGGAAGCCUCACAUCGAUUUCGGCAACGUGGACAUCGGUGAGAUCAGCCACGAGGUAAUGUCCAACAUGGAGACCUUUGAUGUGGCUGAGUUGGACCAGUACCUGCCGCCCAAUGGGCACCCAGGCCACGUGGGCAGCUACUCAGCAGCUGGCUAUGGGCUGGGCAGCGCCCUGGCUGUGGCCAGUGGACACUCCGCCUGGAUCUCCAAGCCACCAGGCGUGGCUCUGCCCACGGUCUCACCACCUGGUGUGGAUGCCAAAGCCCAGGUGAAGACAGAGACCGCGGGGCCCCAGGGGCCCCCGCACUACACCGACCAGCCAUCCACCUCACAGAUCGCCUACACCUCCCUCAGCCUGCCCCACUACGGCUCAGCCUUCCCCUCCAUCUCCCGCCCCCAGUUUGACUACUCUGACCAUCAGCCCUCAGGACCCUAUUACGGCCAUUCGAGCCAGGCCUCUGGCCUCUACUCGGCUUUCUCCUAUAUGGGGCCCUCACAGCGGCCCCUCUACACGGCCAUCUCUGACCCCAGCCCCUCAGGGCCCCAGUCCCACAGCCCCACACACUGGGAGCAGCCAGUAUAUACGACACUGUCCCGACCCUAAAGGGGGCCCUGUCGCCACCACCCCCCGCCCAGCCCCUGCCCCCAGCCUGUGUGCCCUGUUCCUCGCCCAUCUCAGGCCUGGCGGUGGCAGUGGAGGAGGCUGAGGAGGCUGAAGAGGCUGACGGGUCAGGGGGCUUUCUGUCUGGCUCACUGCCCUGAUGACCCGCCCGCCCCAUCCAGGCUCCAGCAGCAAAGCCCCAGGCGAACAGGCUGGACAGAGGAGAAGGAGGUUGACUGUUGCUCCCACACUGAAAGAUGAGGGGCUGCACCUUCCCCCAGGAAUGACCCUCUAUCCCAGGACCUGAGAAGGACCUGCUCACCCUCCUUGGGGAGGGGAAGCACCAGGGUUGGUGGCAUCGGAGGCCUUACCACUCCUAUGACUCCUGUUUCCUCUCUCACAGAGUGUGAAGGUCUGACAUGCCCAUGCCACCUGUGCCACAGUGCCUUAGGGCUAGGCCCCCAGAGACUGUGUCCGGAGCUGGCCGUGUCUCCCACUCAGGGGCUGAGAGUAGCUUUGAGGAGCCUCAUGGGGAGUGGGGGGUUCGAGGGACUUAGUGGAGUUCUCAUCCCUUCAAUGUCCCCUCCCCUUCCGAAGGCAGGAAGGAGUUGGCACAGAGGCCCCCAGACCCAAUUCUGUGCCAGUAACCUCAUUCUUUGUCUAAUCGAGAAAGAGCCCCCAGUCCUCCUCCACUACAACCUCUGUGACCUUGAGGCGCAUCCCAGGAGGUGAGGAGGCAGGGGCUCCAGGAAAGGAAUCAGAGACAAUUCACAGAGCCUUCCUCCCUGGGCUCCUUGCCAGCUCCCUCUUCCCUUACUAGGCUCUACGUCCCCUGCUCUGUCAGCCCCACUCCUUGGGCUUCCCAGAGAGUGACAGCUGCUCAGGCCUGAACCCUUGGCUCCAGGAGACACAGGGCCCAGCACCCAGGUUGCUGGCAGCAGGCUGAAGACACUAGAAUCCUGACCUGUACAUUCUGCCCUUGCCUCUUGCCCCUUGCCUCCCAGUGGUAUCUGAAUAAAGUAUGUAGCUCUAUCUGCCCCCCAUUUUCCUGUUCUGCAGCCCCCCAAAUCCACAUGUAACUCAUUACUGUCUCCUGUUAUUUAUCUCAGUAGUCCCCUCUCCUAGCCACUCUAGCACCUAUUAACUCUGCAUUAAGCAUUCCACAUAAUAAAAUUAAAGGUUCCGGUUACCUGCUUGGUGAGCCUGA